GUUAACUGUCACACGCGUGGAGCUGGUCGGUUCAUUUGAACUGGCGAACGCUGGGUCCCGUGAAUAAAUUAGUAAAAAAAUAAGGUUAGGCAGUAUGCCACUAUACUUUUAAUUGAACGUCACCCUUCUAAAUAAAUGUAACCAUUCCUGCUGAUAAGAGUGGAGGUUGAAUGACAUCUGAGGCUAACGAAGGCAGCAAUCCAAACAACUGUCAAGCAGACUGGCUGGCUAUUUUUUUAUUGCAGGUUCUUUAUCAAAGCCAGGUCGCUACCUUUGAUUUAAAAUAAGACAGCGAAACCUUGAAAUGUACAAACAGAGACGGGAUAACGCCCCCAAAAUUGGAGAAAAAACAAAUCCAAUUAGCGUGAUCUUGGUAAGCUCUGGAAGCCGGGGGCAUAAACUGCUCUUUAGGUAUCCCUUUCAGAGGAUAAGUGAGAACCCUUCCUCUCAAACAACAAAAUUGAGAAGUCCAUAUGCCCUAAAUACAAGUGGAGAUGUCCCUGAAGAUCAAGAUGGCGAUUCAAGAGAGCAAACUCCUCUAACUGAUGAGCAGUUGGUAGCAGGAUUUUCAGACGUCAUUUUGGCCACCAUCCUUGCAACAAAAGCUGACAUGUGUGGGAAGAAAUUUGAGCUAAAAAUCGACAAUGUGCGCUUUGUUGGUCAUCCCACACUUCUUCAACAUGGCCAGGGAAUCCAGGUAUCUAAGACAGACCCAUCUCCAAAAAGAGAGAUGCCAACCAUGAUUUUAUUCAAUGUGGUCUUUGCAUUAAGGGCAAAUGCUGACCCCUCUGUCAUCAGCUGCAUGCACAACCUGUCUCGUCGCAUCGCUAUUGCAUUGCAGCAUGAGGAGCGACGCUGCCAGUACCUGACCCGAGAGGCAAAGCUCAUGUUGGCAGCUCAAGAUGAUGUGACUGCAAUUGCAGAAACUGAUGGAAGUCCUCAUUGUCCAUUCCACAACAUACUCCCCAAAAGCAAACUGGCCAGGGAUCUGAAGGAAGCCUAUGACAGCCUGUGCACCACUGGAAUUGUCCGUCUGCACAUUAACAGCUGGCUGGAAGUGAGUUUUUGUUUACCACACAAGAUCCACAGAGUUGGAAGCACUCAUAUACCCCCUGAAGCCAUAGAGCGCAGCCUCAAAGCCAUACGGCCUUACCAUGCGCUCCUGCUUCUGGAUGAUGAGAAGUCCUUGGUGAACGAGCUACCACUGGACAGCUCACCAGCUCUGGUGCGGGUUAUGAAGACUUGCUCAGCAGUGAAGAACCUCCAGCAGUUGGCACAGGAUGCUGAUCUGGCACUACUACAGGUUUUUCAGCUUGCUGCCCAUUUGGUGUAUUGGGGAACCAUCAUCAUCUAUCCUCUGUGUGAGAACAACGUGUACAUGCUGUCUCCACAUGCCAACAUCUCUCUCUAUUCACCACUGGCUGAGCAGUUCUCCCAACAUUUCCCAGGUCACGACCUGCUGUCAAUGCUGGCCAAGUUCUCUCUACCAGUGUGCCUGUCGGAAUUCAAGAACCCAUUGGCACCACUUGUACAGGAGGUGCAGCUGAUUCAGAUGGUCAUUUGGAUGUUGCAGCAUCGUUUGCUUAUGCAGUUACACACCUAUGUUUGCCUGUUGGUGCCUCCUGCUGAGGAAGAGCCACGGCUGCGAGAUGAGGAACUGCUGCUGACCACCCGAGUGGGAGGAAGGAGCCUCAGCACUCCUAACGCCUUGAGCUUUGGCUCUCCAACUAGCAGUGAUGACAUGACCUUGACCAGCCCCAGUAUGGACAACUCCAGUGCUGAGAUGGUUACAGGUGGCGACUCUCCACUCAGCAAAAGGAUGAUCGAGAAUCUGCUGGCCAGCCUGUCGGAACAUGAGCGCGAGGUCAUCCUCAGUGUCCCGGCUGCCCAGAAUGAAGAGGACCUUCGCAUGUUUGCCAGGUUGUUGCACUACUUCAGAGGACAGCACCACCUGGAGGAGAUCAUGUACAAUGAAAACAUGCGCCGCUCCCAGCUUGUGACACUUUUUGAUAAGUUCCGCAGUGUGCUGGUGGUAGUGAACCACGAGGAUCCCAUCAUCUCCCUUUUCCAGUCCCCUCUGGACUGAGCAGAUCCUGCGGACACUGCCAGUCGCAGUGGGAAACAAACCUGUGGAAAGUGUGCUUUUACCGGGUGGGGGGAGAUAAGAAGCACACAUUGACUUCGGUUGGCUGCGCGAUCAGAGACCACCUGAAAGACAUCAAAGCAAGGAAACUGCCACUGAGGAUGGCGGCAUGCUGGGAUGACACUGUGAACGGGGAUUUUAGAAGACGUGAAGCAAGCUUUGGAGUUGGGCCGUGGAGGAGAAAGGCAGGGCGACAAGAGCUCUUGGGUUUAGCACAUUGUAGUCAGUAAUGGGGUCAGGCGCUGGUCCUCAUCUUCUGUUUCCUUUUUACACCCUGCCCUAAAUGGUCAUUUUUUUCAUUAUUUAAUAAAGCUUUAUUUAAAACAA